AUGGUUGAGACUGUGAGCAUCGCCGCCUUCAUUUCCUGGCUCGGCGAUCCGAUUGAAGAUGCGUCCGAGGAGACGUUCUUCCUUUUCAGCGAAAGCCUGCCUUCAAACAAUCUUGGCUUCAUUGACAGUAGAGCCCAAGAACUCGACUUGGACGUCGCCGGCCAAUCGAUUACACUGAAGCAGUCCCCUGGACUGCUCAACUCACAGCGGGAUACCGGUACUACAGGUGCUGUGCUUUGGAAAAUAACGCCGCUCGUUGCAGCAUGGCUCGCCUCAUCAGUCUCGGCUCUUCAUCGCGCGGGUGUUUUGCGUGCAAAUUCCAUCGUGGUUGAACUCGGUUGUGGAAUCACCGGUCUGAUCGGGAUUCUAGUAGCCCCAAGUAUAUCGUCUUACGUUCUCACCGACCAGACUUACAUUAUGAAGACACUGCGCGAGAACAUCACUGCCAACGCUUCCACUCCAGGGGAACAGAGGAGAAAGGGAACUCGUCAUGUUCUGGCUCGGCCGAGUACUGUCCCGCUCGAUUGGGAGACAGAUACGCCAUCCCUUGAUGGUCUUGGUCUGCAGACGGACCAGAUGAUCGACUUAGUCAUUGUCUGCGACUGCGUGUACAAUGAGUACCUAAUCAAGCCGUUAGUCGUUACCCUUGAAGACAUCUCUCGACUUAAUCGAGAUGGUUACUCGACAACAAUCCUGAUCGCUCAGCAACUCCGGUCGGAAACCAUAUUCGAGCAAUUUCUGGCUGCGCUGAUGGCAUCAUUUGCUGUCUGGCGCUUACGGGACGAAGAUUUGCCCGAAAAUCUACAGAUGGGCUCGGGCUACGCUGUGCAUCUGGCACUCCCGAAGCCCAAGCCGUGA